AUGAGCCGUAGAGCUAUGACUGACCUGAGGGCGAUGUUUGCUCGCCUCAGUUUAUUUGAUGAUGGUAGUCUGUUGGCUGAACUUCAAGUUGAGAGUGAGAAUACCGAGGAUUUUGGAUUGAAUAGCGAAGGGGUGCUCUAUUUUCGUGGGAGAAUCUGUGUUAAGGCUGAGCAUCAGUUACCUUCGGGUUUGUUGCAGCCAGUCAAGAUUCCACUUUGGAAGUGGGAAAGAGUGACUAUGGACUUUGUUAGUGGGUUACCUCUCACACCUACUAAGAAAGAUUCUGUAUGGGUCAUCGUGGAUCAAUUGACCAAGUCUGCCCACUUCAUACUGGUUCGUACCGACUACUCUCUACAGAAGCUGGCUAAAUUGUAUGUGUCUGAGAUAGUGAGACUGCAUAGGGUACCGGUUUCGAUAAUAUGUGAUAGGGAUCCUCGCUUCAUGUCACGCUAUCAGUCUAGCAUUCAGAUGGCACCCUACGAGGCAUUAUAUGAUCGUAGGUGUCACACACCUUCAUCUUGGACUCAGUUGGGUGAACGGUGUGUUCUGGGUCCUAAGCUAGUUUCUGAUACUGAUGAUAAGGCUAGGUUGAUUCAAGACCGACUGAAAGCAGCAUUUGAUAGGCAAAAGUCCUAUGCUGACCUGAAGCGUCGAGAGAUUGAGUAUUCGGUAGGGGACUUCAUUUUUCUUAAGGUCUCGCCGUGGAAAAAGUUGGAGUUACCUUCAGAAUUGGAUCAGAUUCACAAUGUGUUCCAAGUGUCUAUGUUGAGGCUCUACUGCUCUGAUCCCAUGCAUAUUGUUCCUCUUGAGGAGAUCAAGGUUAGGCCAGAUCUGCCUUUUGAGGAGGAGCCGGUUCAGAUAUUGGAGCGAGAUGUAAAGGUUCUAAGAAGAAAAUUCAUCCCACUGGUUAAGGCUCUUUGGCGUAAUCAUAGCACUGAGGAGGCCACGUCGGAGCCUGAGGAUGCGAUGUGUCAUCAGUAUCCUCAUUUGUUCUGA